AUGUGGGUCAACUGCAUUGUGGGGUCUGGGUUGCUGCAGGUCACCCCGUCUUGUGCCAUCUCCUCACACACAUCGCCUGUCACCAGAAGUUGUCACUCUUGGGAAUCUCUGUCCCAAGUUGUGGACAUCCUGUACGUCAAGGUAGCACGGCUCAAAGCCACAGUGCCAAAAGACCGCAUUAAAAAUAUACGAUUGCUAAAAAAGAAGAAAAAGCAGUUCAUGACAAAUUACGCAUCCCGAGAACAGCUUCUGUCCUUCUUCAUGGAAGAUGUUUUUGGUCAACUCCCACUACAAGUUUUCAAGGACAUCGACUUUGUGGAAGACUCUCACAGCUUUAGGCAGAAAUUGAGCCGUUGUAUUGGCUGUGCUUCAUCAGCUAGAGAGAUGAAAUCCAUUACCUGGAUGAAAAGAAUGUUUUAUGAGAUUGGAAGCAAAGGAAUCUACAAAGCCAUCAGUGAAUUGGAUAUUCUUCUGUUUUGGAAAAGGCUUCUGGAGUCUUCCGAUGUCCACAGAAUGACAGGAACAAAAAGUGAAAGCUCAGUCAGGCUGCUCAGAAAAUCUCCGAUGCAGAUGCAGAACUGUAUUGUGAAGCAUGAUACGUCCUCAGACUUGGUGAAAAUGCAUGUCCUUCAUGCAGCUGUGCAUCAUCAACUAAAAUGA